CGAUGACGACUUGACUCCACCUCAUGAUGCCAUUUAGCAACAGAUGAGCAACGCUUCAUGUUCAUUUUGGGCAGCCGGAGAGUCACGCGUUGCCCCGAAGGAGUACUUUUGACUGCGUAAUGUUAGUCGGGGUCGCGGUGCGUCCUCCGGUCUCUCUCGCACCGUAGCUUACUAGCGUGUUAGCGGCUUCCUCGUGUGUUCUUGCUGCCAGUGUCUGCUGGAUCGCUAUGGAUGUGCUCUGGAUGAUACCGCUGCUGCUGCUGGUCCCGCUCCUGAUUUGGACCAGCAGCACGUUUGCUUUCUAUUUCAAAAAGUGCUUUUACGUCGCCUGGAUGAUGUUGCUGGCCCUGAUCGCUAUCCCCCUGUGCAUACUGAAAAGCGGAGGCAGGGACAUUGAAAACAUGAGGAUCAUCCGCUUCCUGGUUCGUCAUGUCAAGUACUUCCUGGGUCUUCGAUUUGAAGUGAGCGGCUGGGAGCAUCUGCAGACACAGGGUCCCUACGUGAUCAUCUCCAACCACCAGAGCUCCCUAGAUGUUUUGGGCCUGAUGGAGAUCCUACCAGACCGCUGCACCAUGAUUGCCAAGAAGGAGCUGGUUUACGCUGGCACAGUGGGCCUCGUCUGCUGGCUGGGCGGCAUCGUCUUCAUCAACCGCAAGAAGACCAGCGAUGCAAAGAGCGUCAUGGCCGACGCUGCCAAAACCAUGUUGGAUGACCAGAUUCGUCUGUGGGUGUUUCCAGAGGGAACGCGUAACCAGAGAGGCGACCUGCUGCCUUUCAAAAAAGGUGCUUUCCACCUGGCAGUGCAGGCACAAGUACCCAUCAUCCCCAUCGUUUUCUCCUCCUACAGCAACUUCUACCUACGGAAAGAAAAGCAGUUCAACUCGGGGACCAUCAGAUUGAAGAUCCUUCCAAAGAUUGAGACAAAGGGAAUGACGUCAGACGACGUGUCAACCCUGUCUGACAAAUCCUUCAACGUGAUGCGCUCUGCCUUCGUGGAAAUCUCUGACUCCGUAACCCAUAGCAACGGGCCCAUAAGGCACUGAACAUUUACCAUACUCCCGCCUCUUUUUCUGCCCCCAUCUGAGACCUAUUCCUACCCAAGACCUCCCCUCUCUCCCCAGGUUGUCCCAUUACCUGGCCAGGAAACAACAUGACACAGGUCUCUUGUCAUGAAAUCUCUUCUUGUCUAGUUGACGCCUGGUCCAGUUGCCUCUGGCCUGGCCUGACCAUACAGCACAGUCAGUCCCGACCCUCACUGUGUAUGCAGCAGCACCGGCAGCAGCGCUGCUCUGCACGCCGUGAGUGGAGUGACGGACGGCAAGCCGAACAGUAUGGAUGUGUGUUGUUCAUGCAUGCCUUUUGGAUGGCUCUGUCCACCUUCAUCCUUGCUUUGUACUCUGGCUACAGAAAGCCUGGCUUUGUUACUAUCUUAUUUUAUCACCCUUUUGAAGUUUCUUUGGCCUUUUCCUCCCCUUUUGUCGCCUCCUGCCUUUUGUUUAGCAGAUAAAGUUUGGCUUUCUCUCUUUGCUGUUCAUAAAUGUCAGUAGAAAUUCAUGUGUUCCUCUCAUGAGGCCUUUGUUUUGGUUAUCUUCCAGUGCUCACACACGUAUUCAGAGUAGCCCAUGUCCUUCCUUCGUUUGCUUUCAGUUUGUUCUCCCCUUUCUGCAUUCCUGUCUCUUGCCUAAAGACAAAGCAGAGCGGGGUCUCCACAAGUGGUGGGGUGUGUGGAGGUCGAUGGUGGUCGACCACGGACUUCUUUAGUUAUGUCGCUAUGAAUUCAACUCUGUAUGCGUAUUGGCUCUUAAACUCAAUGACCAAUAUCUCCAUGGCAUACUUCAUGAUGUCAGAAAGCAAGGAUUACAAGGUUACAAGAUACUGUAUAUGACAAUAGCACCCAUCUGUACUGACUUAAUGGACUUCUUAAGUGAACUGAUCCAUUUUCAGUGUUGUGUAUUGUUGGUGUAUCAUUGUGCGUCCUUUCAGUUUGUCUCUCCAAAAGAAUCGAAAUAAUCGGCGUGCAGCACUGAGCAGCAAGUGUCCUCUGGCUGUGUUCUAGAUUUUUUCGCUAUUUAUUUUCACAUCAGAGAUCAUAUUUUGAUGUUUUGUUUUGUUUUUUAAAGUAAUCACAUGAUUUUGCUCCUCAGAAAGAACCCAUAAGUGAACCUAUUUAAGAUGUGUCAAAAAAGGUGACUUCAUAAAGUGCAAUGUCAAAGCAUAAUGUUCCAAAGUGCAAGCUACCUGCUGUGCCAUGACAAAGAUUUUUUGGAAAGUUUCCAACGUUAGCCCGUUAUUUUCUCACCAUGACCUGCUUAAUCAGUCAUUCACUGAUUUAUUCUUCUUUACUAAUGAUGUUAUCUCGCCUUUACCAAUGAUAAAAGGUUGUUCUUGCUGUAAAGAAGAGGGUAAAACUUGUGUAGAAUUCUGAAAUGAUUGAGAUCUUAAGCGUUUUUUUUUUUUAUUUGAUCUGGUUUUAUAUGUUUUGAUUAACUGGAAGAGUUAGUAAUUACUAACAAACCUGACAGAUUUAAAGAGGUUAUAUCUUAGUGUUUAUUGGCUAUGUGAAGGGUUGUCCCUGAUUUUUUUUUUUUUUUUUUUUUAAAUAAUAUGAAAGUGAAAAAUGUUCUAGCUGUGAUUCAUUUAUUAGUUAACCUCGUAGGAGAAUAUUACGUUAUUUAAGAAGUUUUUGGCCUUAAGUUUGAUUGGUUGUUGUCGUUGCACUUUUGAAUUGUUCGACAAGUUUGCUUAUAAUUGAUUUAUGUUGUGUAGUGCGUACUGACAAUAACUUCUAACCUCGUAGAACUGUUUUUAUUUUAGUUACAUCCAGGUCUUAAUUUUCACAUUGAUUCCACUGCCUUUACACUGUCUGCAGACUCACUUGUUUUACCCAUCAAACACCAUCUGAGAAUGUAUUGCAGCAUUCAGGAUAUUUGUUUGCUCUUAACUGAAACUUGUUAUUGUGUGUUUUUUUUUCUUUCAUUGCAUACAAAUCCAGGAAAUGUAUUUAUUUGAGCAUUAGAUGUUAAAUUUAGACUGACUUGCUGUGCACACAGAGCUCCUGAGGAUUUCUUGUGAAUGGAUCUGUGUAUACUUUGGUACUAAGCUUGUACACUGCUAUUCAUAGCUGAGUGCAACAGUAGUUUUAGUGAUAACUGCUGUAAGUACAUGUAUUCAUGUCAGGAUUUCACUUCCGUUAAGGCCAGUGUGGAAUAUAUUCCCCAACUAACUAAUAACAACUCAACCAAUUCUUCCCCCCCCCCUUCUUUAAAUAUAUUUAUUGACUUCUUCUUGUUUGUAAGAGCAGAUUUUACCUUUGCAGCAAGUGGUCCGAAUGUUAAAAAGCACUCUACCAAAUUGAUAUCUUCCAAAAUAUAAACUGUACCCUAUAAAUUUUUUUUUAACAGAGUGUUUUAUCCAUUUAUGCUGUUCAUUUCUCAGUUAUUUUGUAAUACAAAUGUGUGAUUUGUAAGCUUUACGUCACAAGCUUCAACUGGUGGCUAACAGGCUCUGCAGCAACCCUGCCGAUUUAGAUUUUUGUUUCUUUUUGGCAGUUGUUUACGAACUAAUACGUAAGAUAUUGGAAAAGAUUCAAAGUAUUCUCAACCUUAUUAAAAGCACUUUUCAUGCUGAGUUUGGGUGGGGAAAAAAUACAACAGAGUUUUCUCUGAUUUUCACCAAAGCUAUUAAAGUGUAAUUUAGGUGGAUAUGAGAAACAGAGCUGACAUCCUGCAGAGCCUUGUGUGUGUGAGAGAGAGAGAGAGAGAGAGAGAGAAAGAAUGAGUGGGUGUGUGUGAGUGUGUGUGGUCCUACUGUAUAUGUGUGUAAAUAAACACACAUGGUAUAGACGCCCAUUAUAGUAUCUGGUUAAUAUUGAUGAUGUAGUCUUCUUGAUUUCACCUAUUCUGGGUAAAUGUGAAUGCCUUGCAAAACAAUAAAUAAAAAAUUAUUCUUUUUUUUUUCUUAAGUUGUGCACUUAAAUGCCUAUUUUUACCUUCCUGUGCGAUUUUUUUUUUUUUU